CAGAAGCGCGGAGGGAGGUGCUUCCGGGACAGAGGGCGGGCAAGAUGGCGGCGCCCAUGGAACUAUUCUGCUGGUCAGGGGGCUGGGGGCUCCCGUCAGUCGAUCUGGACAGCCUGGCGGUGCUGACCUAUGCCAGAUUUACUGGUGCCCCACUCAAGGUACACAAGAUUGCCAACCCCUGGCGGAGCCCUUCAGGAACUCUGCCUGCUCUUCGAACCAGACAUGGAGAAGUCAUCUCACUACCACACAAGAUCAUCACCCAACUUCGAAAAGAGAAGUAUAAUGCCGAUUAUGAUCUGUCAGCCCGGCAAGGGGCAGACACCUUGGCCUUCAUGUCUCUGUUAGAGGAGAAGCUGCUCCCGGUGCUGAUACAUACUUUCUGGAUAGACGCUAAGAACUAUGUGGAAGUGACCCGGAAGUGGUAUGCAGAGGCUAUGCCCUUUCCUCUCAACUUCUUCCUGCCUGGCCGCAUGCAGCGGCAGUACAUGGAGCGACUGCAGCUGCUGUGCGGGGAGCAAAGGCCUGAGAAUGAGGAAGAGCUAGAGAAGGAGCUAUACCAAGAGGCUCGUGAGUGCCUGACCCUUCUCUCUCAGCGUCUGGGCUCUCAGAAAUUCUUCUUUGGAGAUGCCUACUUGGCCCUGCUGCUGCAAGCCAAGCUGCCCAGUGGGAAACUGCAGGCCCACCUGCGGGGGCUGCACAACCUCUGUGCCUACUGCACCCACAUCCUCAGCCUCUACUUCCCCUGGGAUGGAGCUGAGGUGCCACCUCCACGCCAGACACCAGCAGGCCCAGAGGCUGAAGAGGAGCCAUACCGGCGCCGGAACCAGAUCCUCUCUGUGCUAGCAGGGCUGGUAGCCAUGGUGGGCUAUGCCUUGCUCAGCGGCAUUGUCUCUAUCCAGCGGGCAACACCAGCCCGGGCCCCAGGCACACGCUCCCUGGGCAUGGCUGAGGAGGAUGAAGAGGAAUGAUUUGUCCUCAUGCCCCCAGGACUGAUUUUUCUACUGUCAUGCAUUCCAGCGGUCCCUGUCUCCCCAUUGUUGGUACACCCAGAAAUGGGUUGCCAUUCCUAAAAUAAACCUGCUCACUCCGACUGGGAUCAGACCGCCACUCUUUUAAAGGGCCACCAUCUUUCUCC